AUGCUCAAUGAUUUUGAUUAUUCAAAUAAGAUCAUUAUUAUUGGAGAUAGUGCAACGGGGUCGCGUAAUAGAAUUACCCAAAGUUAUUAUAGAGGCGCUGACGCUGCAAUAAUUGUUUAUGAUGUCACAUGCUUGGAAUCUUUUAAUCAUGUAAGAAGUUGGCUCAAAGAUCUGUAUAAUUAUUCAGAUUCUGAAAUUAAAAAAGUACUUGUGGGAAACAAAGUAGAUCAGAAAGAUUCAAGAAGAGUGUCAUAUGAUGAAGGGAAGAAAUUGGCAGAUGAUUACGGAAUUUUGUUUUUUGAAACGAGUGCAUUUGACGGCCAAAACGUGGAAGAAGCGUUCGUUGCAGCAGUCAAGGAAAAGAAGGAACCUCGAAAAACGUCAUUUACACCAUCACAAGUAGAGGAAAUUCUGCUCACAGAGCAAGCUGGAGAUGACAGCAGUGAUGAAGGUGGAAAGAAGACAACAUCAUCUUCAUGCAAAUGCUGA